GUUGUGAAAAAAUAGGAGCAGAAAAAAGGGGAGGUUUUGCUUCUUUUUUUUUCUUUCUGUACAAACAAAAGUGUCUCCCUUUUUUCUAAUCUCCUUCUUCUUCUUCUCUCUCUUUCUCUUUUCGCCGUUCCUGCGAUUCUGAAAUUCUUUUAAGCUUUGAUCCUUCCUUUCAGAAUCGUAGUAGCAAUGGCUUUUUGAUUUCCCUUUUUUUUUUUUUUAAUUUGCCAAAAAAGGGGAUUGCUUUGGUUUCUCCCCCUCCUCCUUCUUCAUUCUCGCCGCCGGCAGAUGGCCAAGUCGUCACCAUCCUCACAAAAUCCUCCGAACUUGGUGGAUUGCUGGUUUCUUCUCGCUAGCUUCUCAACACAAACAUAGAUCAAACGAUCUGAUCUGAUCCCAAUCGAUCUCCAAUUUUACGCAUUGGGAAUUGAAUUCAGGGAGGUUUGGGGAAGAAUGGGGAAGGUCGUAGAGAAAUUGGGAAGAUGCCUAAAGACGGUGUUUUUCAUGGUUGCCAUGUUGGUUUCCCUCUUAGUCUCCUCCUUGCCUGUGCUCGUAGCCAUCGGCGACGUCUUGGUCCCAACCUUUUUGCUUUCCAGCUUUACUUGUUUGACGUGUUACAGCUUCAAGGAGCAUUUGAGCAGAUACAGCUUCAAGAGCUCUUUGACUGAUAUUCCUCUCGUCUCCCUCGUCAGAUCUUUCCUCGUCAUCUGUGUAUAUUCACUCUCCGAUGGGGCUGCACUCUCUCACGGACCUUACCUCGGAACUGUGUCCUUGUGUUCCGUUGUUUCCAUUGUUCUUCUUUCGGUUAAAGCUUGCAUUUUCACUGCUAACUCUCAGCUCAACGCUGAAGCAUCGAUCUCUCCGUCAAGGCAACGACUUCACCUCAAGAAGUCUUGGGGAAUGCCAGUUUUGUUCCUUUCUUCUGUGGUUUUCGCUCUUGGUCACACCGUUGUUGCUUAUAGAACUAGCUGCCGAGCUCGGAGGAAACUCUUGUUCCACAGAGCGGUCGACCCUGAAGCUGUUCUUUCGUGUAAAAGUGUCUUCUCCAGUUACCAGAAAGUCCCACGUUCUCCCAUUCCUUUGGUGCGGAAGGUCUCCAAGACUGAUGGCGAGGUCAGACGGAAGCUUACUUCAUCUACAUCACAUGAUGGAGAGCUUCCAGUGAGAGUACUCGCUGAUCUUGACAGCUUGUUCGUUACAGUCACGGGACUCUCAGUGCAUUACAAGAUUUGCACACCUGCCUCUCCUCGGCAGUCGUCUGUCUCCUCAACUCUUUCUCCCGAAGCUAAUUCUAUGCUCAAUGUGCCGGAGGCGAUGGCAGGAAGGUUGAAGCUUGAUAGGAAACUAUUGAGCAUGGUCACUAGAAACAAGCUCAAUCAUCAUCACCAUAAAAGCUGCAGCAGCCUCUUCAACAACAAUUUUUCUUCUUCCUUACACGAUCCUCUCCUAGAGGGUUCUCCUACUUCUCCUCUUCUUUUCAAAGAUACUCAGGAAGAAGAGGAUGUCAUGAAUGCGUCCAGUUGUGGUGGUGUCAUGGAGCAGCAAGAUCUCUCAGAUGGAAGCUUUGGUGUAGUGCUGGUACAUGGAUUUGGAGGUGGAGUGUUCUCUUGGAGAAAUGUGAUGGGUUCUAUCGCCCAUCAGCUUGGCUGUGUUGUCACUGCCUUUGAUAGGCCUGGUUGGGGAUUAACCGCUAGGCCUCAUGUUAAGGAUUUGGAAGAAAGAGAGUUGCCAAACCCUUACACUCUGGAAAAUCAGGUAGACAUGCUUGUUGCUUUUUGCCACGAAAUGGGGUUUGCUUCGGUAGUCUUGGUUGGCCAUGAUGAUGGAGGUUUGAUUGCUCUCAAGGCUGCACAAAGAUUGGUAGCAUCAAAUGAUGAUGCCACCAUCAAAGUGAAAGGAGUGGUUUUGCUUAAUGUAAGCUUGACGAGGGAAGUAGUCCCAGCUUUUGCAAGAAUACUUCUGCACACAUCACUAGGAAAGAAACACCUUGUUCGCCCGCUUUUGCGAACUGAGAUAGCUCAGGUGGUGAACCGUCGAGCUUGGUAUGAUCCUGCCAAGAUGACAUCAGAUGUCUUAAAGCUAUACAAGGCACCACUCCAUGUCGAAGGCUGGGACGAGGCGCUUCACGAGAUAGGUAGACUCUCAUCCGAGAUGGUGCUUUCAACUCAAAAUGCACAGUCGCUUCUCAAAGCAGUGGAAAGCUUACCAGUAUUAGUCGUUGCUGGAGCAGAAGACGCACUUGUUCCCCUCAAGUCCUCCCAAGUCAUGGCUUCAAAACUCUUUAACUCUAGGCUAGUAGCAAUCUCAGGAUGUGGUCAUCUGCCGCAUGAGGAGUGUCCAAAGGCGCUUCUUGCAGCCAUGACCCCAUUCAUAAGCAGACUUGUACUUAGUGACUGAGUGAUCACUUCUUGUUGUCUUCUUAGAUCACAAUCGAUUAGUGGUUUGUGUUUUGUUUUUUUUUUGUCUUCCCCAAAAGGAAAGAAGUUGGGGGGUGAUUUUGAGAUCUUAGCAGCUGUGUGUAUUCAUCAUGACCAGAGUUAUUGUAAUUUUCUCUGUUUUCAUGUGUGGAUUGAAAGUCUUCUA